CCGCCAUCUCCAUCUCCCUCACUUUCCGUUUCCCUUUUGCGAAGACAUCAUGCUCAUCAAGGUCAAGACACUCACUGGCAAGGAGAUCGAGCUCGACAUCGACCCUGAUGACAAGAUCACACGCAUUAAGGAAAAGGUCGAGGAGCAGUCGGGUGUACCGCCACCACAGCAGCGUCUCAUCUUCGGAGGCCGUCAGAUGCCCGACGACAAAACCGCACGCGACUUCGGCAUCACGGCCGGUGCGGUACUGCACUUGGUCCUUGCGCUCCGUGGAGGCUGCUAGAGCGUGCGCGUGUCGCACACAAAUAUCGGAUAUAGCCCCAAUGCACAUCUCCCUGACAACGUGAUCUCCGAAGAUACGAACCACGCUGUAGCCUCGAUCGAACCCAUCCGCCCUUUGUACGUUGUUAGAACCCUAGUUCUGCAUGCUCUGUAUAUCACGCAUCGUUUAAUCGCUUCG